CAAUCGGCAGGCGUCGGCUCCAGAGUGUCAGCGCCCGAGCUGCGUACUUUUCUCCAGUUGAUUUCGGGAUUGCCCUCUGUGUGAAACUCUGGAAAUGUUAUUAAUCUAGAAGAGGUUAUAUCCAGAAGAGAUUAGAUCCUGGACAUUUCUGGGGUUUAGAUAUUAAAGAAGAUUAUUUGAAGACUCCUUUUGGAAUCAAAUAGCAUGGAUCUCAGCAGUGACUACCAUUUCCUCAACCAGAUUUUGUGGAGAAGAGUGAGACUCACAUUAGUUUGUGGCAUUUUUGAAGGAGUGCUGCAGCAUGUGGACCCUGACAAGAUUGUUGUUCUGAAGAAAGUGAAGAACGUAGAGACUGGUCUAAGUGUCCCAGGAGUGAAGAUGUUUUUUGGACAUGAGAUUGUGAAUGUGGAACUACUGGAUGAAGUGGAACAAGGUGCAGUAAGAGAAAAGACUUCAUCUGUUAGUCUAAAUACAGAAAGAACCAAGAUGGAUACAAUAAAAGAUGAAGACCUAAAUGUACAUAAGCGUGCUUCUCCUGCCCCUGAGGUGCCAAUAACCUCUCUUCUGAAUGACCUCAAGUACAGCGCAUCUGAGGAAGAGGAGGUGACAUACACAGUCAUUGAUCAGUUCCAGCAGAAGUUUGGUGCUGCAAUGCUCCACAUCAAGAAGCAAAGUGUCCUGAGUGUGGCUGCAGAAGGAGCUAAUGUGUGUCGUCAUGGGAAACUAUGUUGGCUUCAGGUGGCCACAAAUAGCCGGGUUUACUUGUUUGACAUUUUCCUUCUGGGAAGUCGCGCUUUCAACAAUGGACUUCAGAUGGUAUUAGAAGACAAGAGAAUUUUGAAGGUUAUUCAUGAUUGUCGUUGGCUUUCUGAUUGCCUCUCUCAUCAGUAUGGAAUUUUGCUGAAUAAUGUCUUUGACACCCAGGUAGCAGAUGUCCUUCAAUUUUCCGUGGAAACGGGAGGCUUUCUUCCAAACUGCAUUAGUACUUUACAGGAAAGUUUAAUCAGACACCUUAAAAUAGCCCCUAAACAUCUCUCCUUUCUGGAAGUGAGACAAAAAUGGAUUCGAAAAAACCCAGAACUGUGGUUUACACGACCUCUUUCACCUUCUUUGCUGAAAAUUUUGGCUUUGGAAGCUACCUACCUGCUCCCCCUUCGCUUGGUACUCUUGGAUGAAAUGAUGUCUGACCUAACUACCCUAGUGGACGGAUACCUAAACACCUACCGAGAAGGGUCUGCAGACCGACUGGGAGGCAUGGAGCCUACAUGUAUGGAGCUCCCGGAGGAACUGCUUCAACUCCAGGACUUCCAGAAGCAGCGCAGAGAGCGAGCGGCAAAGGAAUAUAGAGUAAAUGCUCAGGGACUCCUAAUAAGGACAGUACUACAUCCAAAGAAAUCAGUGACAGAGAUAGCAGGGAAAGAGGGAAAGGUACGAGGUUUCUUACUUUGUAAAAAUUCUACACAAGAUAAAGCCCCAAAUAUUACAUCUCAUGAGGAUGUAAAUUUACUGAAAGAAGAAUCUAAGAGUAAACAAACCACAGUAGAGCCUCAAUAUCUACUUCCCCCAAAGGAAGAUGCCAGCGAGGAUUCCAGUUACAACCUAAAUUAUCCUGAGUCAGAGGGGGUUAAAGACCAGAGAAUAACUCAAAAAAAACAUCUCAAGAUACCUAAACAAGAGUUUCAGACAAGUUUAUCUUUGAAAGAGGAGAUAGAACAGUUAUUGAUGGCGGAAAACAAGGAAGAUCUAAAAGGUACAAAACAAGAUGUUUCAGUGUCUCCUUCCCUUCCUCAGGAAACCAGGUCUCCAAGUGACAUUUUUCAUCCUUUUAGAAAAGCUGUGCUUCCCACGCUUCCUCCCUGCCCAGCUUCGGAAAAGACUGAUUCCUGGUUAAAUCCAGAUUCUCCCAAUCUGCCUUAG